UCCCGCCGCUGGCUGGGCUAAAGAAGGGCUUCCCGGCUUUCCCGUUUCCCCGAUUGCCAGCCGCCGAGGAAAGGCAGCGGUGCAGGGUUCCUGCCCUCUCAGGCGCUUCCUUCCAACUUGGGGGUUGGGGGACACGUACACUGGGGGGGGGGGGCUGCUGACCCAACCUUUAGCCUGCUUGGGAGACACGCUUCUUUAGGACCCAGUUCUGGCAGGGCGCUCCUUCGGAUUAGCGCUCGGUCGCUGCUUUUGGGUCGUCCCGCCUCUCCCAUGAGGCUCUCCCAGGGGUGCAGAAAGCCCUAGCGGCGGCGGCGGCCUCCGGGCCCUGCCCCUGCCUGGCGGGACUCGCUGCCCUCCUGCCUCCUUCUUGCCCUCCAGAGCCAGGCUGAAGCGCGCGCGAGUCUAUUAGCGGUCGCGUGGUAGCGAUGGCGGCUUUCAGGGAGCCUGUUCCUGUCACUGGAUACUCACCAGCGGCGGCGGGAGCGGCGUUUAACUGGUUUGGCCGCGGCCGGCGGCACGUUGCGGAGCCGCUCUUGCGGGAGGGCCCGAGGGAAGUCCUGACCGACUCUCCUCCCCGCCCUCCUUCCUCGCUUCUCUCAGCCGCCCAAGACUCUCGGCUAGCCCCGCCGCUGCCGCCGCCGCUGCCAUGGCCAUCCUGGACAGGCUGAGGAAGGACUGGUUCAUGCUGGGGAUCGUCCUGGCCAUCACCGUCGCCAAGCUGGAGCCGGCCUUUGGGGUGAAGGGGGGACCACUGAAACCAGAAAUCACCAUCACAUAUGUAGCUGUCUCUGCUAUAUUCUUCAAUAGUGGGCUAUCCCUGAAAACAGAGGAGCUGACAAGUGCUUUGAUGCAUGUAAAAUUGCAUCUUUUUGUACAAAUCUUCACACUUGUAUUCUUCCCAACAGUUAUAUGGCUAUUUCUUCAGCUUCUAUCUAUUACAUCUAUAAAUGAAUGGCUUUUAAAAGGUUUGCAGACAGUAGGCUGUAUGCCACCGCCUGUAUCUUCAGCAGUGAUUUUAACUAAAGCUGUUGGGGGGAAUGAGGCAGCUGCUAUAUUUAACUCAGCCUUUGGAAGUUUUUUGAAAUUUCUGACAUCAAAAAAAAAUAAUUACUGCCUUAAUUGUGUGCAACAUAAGGAGAAAGAACAAAGUAGAAGAAAUAAAAGGGGGGCUAUCACAAUGAAUAGAUGGACACAUUUGGUUCAGGGCAUUGUUAUAACUCCUUUGCUUCUACUGCUUUUUCUUGGAUCCUCCUCUUCUGUGCCUUUUUCAUCUAUAUUCUCACAGCUCUUCAUGACUGUUGUAGUUCCACUCAUAAUUGGACAGAUUGUCCGAAGAUACAUUAAGGAAUGGCUUGAGAGAAAGAAGCCUCCAUUUGGUGCUAUCAGCAGUUGUGUACUCUUAAUGAUCAUCUAUACAACAUUCUGUGAUACUUUCUCUAAUCCAAAUAUUGAUCUUGAUAAAUUUAGCCUGAUCGUAAUAGUUUUUAUAAUAUUUUCAGUUCAGCUGGGAUUUAUGAUGUUAACUUUCUUCUUUUCUACCAGAAAGAGUUCUGGCUUUACACCAGCAGACACAGUGGCUAUUAUUUUCUGUUCCACACACAAAUCUCUAACCUUAGGUAUACCAAUGCUGAAGAUAGUAUUUGAAGGCUACAAGCAUCUAUCCUUAAUUUCAGUCCCAUUACUUAUAUAUCAUCCCGCCCAGAUCCUCCUUGGCAGCAUUUUGGUACCAACAAUAAAAUCUUGGAUGAUUUCUAGACAAAAGGCAAUGAAAUUAACAAGGCAGCCCAAAGUACCAGUGAAAGUAUAAUGGAACAGCCCUCGUGAAUGUAUAUAUGUCCUAUUUUGUACAUACAGAGAGACAAUGCAAAAGAUGAUCCUAUAUGAAUGUUGCCUCAGCACUUACUUUAUUUUUAUACCUACAAAUAUAUUUAAAAUACCUACUGAAGUGCCUUAAAAUACUUUUGACAAAAGCAUUGAUUCCAAAUCAGUUGACUGGUUAUUAUAAGAGGUUGCACUCAGAAUUUGCAUUCAUUCACUUUUAUUUCUCUUCCUGACCAAAUCAUCCUAUUUAAACUUUAAAGCUUCCAUGAUCACUUCUCAGUGGCACAUCUCAAUCCACCUUUUCUGUAAGCUUUAUUGCAGUGAAUGAAGACCAAACUGGACCUAUCCGUUGUUCUAAUUAUUCAUGAACUUUUUAUAUGUUUUCUCGGGCACUGUCUUCUUCUAAUUCCUUGAAGAUGAUUUCUGAAGAUUUAAGUGAGAAAUGAACUUGAUUUUUGAUGAUUCUGUCACGUCCUUAUUUUGACAUGCCUUUUUUCUUCCAAAUUUGUGUAUAUUUAGCAAGGGACCAGCCGUUGGAGAGAAACUGAGAAGCAUAAAUUAUUUGGAUUUGUUGAGACAAUUCUCAAUAAUUCCUUCCUUCAAAGUUAAUGGCUUCUCAAGAUAAUUCAGAUUCAUUUUUAUGGUGCUGUAGCAUUUAUAUCUUAAAUGAACUGUGAACUUCCUCAAAGGCAAGGCGAUAAGGAAACACCAGUGAUUUACAAGCACAGCUGGAUGAGUGUUUUUAUUAUCAUUGCUAUAGUUUACUAAAAACAGAUUAUCUUUUUCCCUUGUGCAGGACAUCCCACCGAAUAGUGACAGAAAAAUACUAAUAAUGCAGCGGUCACUUUAUUGCCACUUACAAGCUUUUCAGUGCUAUAUUUGUUCGAUAUCCCAUGAGCAGCAUACAAAAACUAAUGAGGUUGGAAGACUGCCACCUCAAGCUAGCAAAAAUACAUAUAUUCCAUAGAAAUUUAAGCAGCAUUGGAAUGCAUAUAUCUAGUUAACCUGACAAUCAGAGUUUAAAGGUGAUUUU